GCAGGGGGCGCCCGGUCGUUCAGUGGGUCUUGGUGGAGGGCCGGCCUGGCUCUGGGCCCUGCCCUAGGUGCUGAGAUAGUUGUGACCGCUCUGUUCUGUCAGAUGCCUUACAGGCUCGUCCCAGGUGGCCCUCACCUUCAAGCUGGGGACAAAGGAUAGGAGAUUAAGGGACGCCCCCCAAGGUCAUUCAGCUUGUUCAGUGACAGAAUGUGAGGCCUAGCCAAAACCAUUGUGCUUUCCAUGGCUCUGCUGGCUGUGAAGCAUCACUGUGCAGAACUCACUGGGGGCUCACUAGUGUGUGGGGGGGGGCAGGAGAGCAGGAGAUUAAAAUACAGAUGAGGUGGGGCUCAGGGAUUUUUUUUAAAUAAAGAUUUAUUUAUGCAAACAAGAACUGGGGUACAGGCCAGAGGUGCAGGGGGUGAGAGGAUUCACCAGAGACAGUGGGGAACAGAACAGGCAGAUUGACUGAAAUACACUGCUGAGGGGAGCAGCAGACGAGACAGGAGAGGUCUGCUGGGCCAUGUGGGUAACUCCCUGGCCAGGAAUCGAACUUGUGGCUGCAGAAGCUGCGGACAGCUUCACAGUGCUCUGCUUAACCCCUUGCACCAGCAGGGAGGCCCUCAGGGAUGUUUUUUAAACAAGCUUUGCAGGUGUUUCUGAUGCAAGAGGGACCACACUUUGAGAUGUUCAGACCUGAUCUUACCCGAAACACUCAGCACAGGGCUGGGCGGGGCAGGGCUGAUUUGCCCUUAGCACUUGGUUGCAUUCAAGAUUGUCGUCUGGGGAAGCUGGAGGGGCAAAGAAGGAGCAUCCUCUGCCCCCCACCCCCAGCCACUGCAGGGCCUCUCUCUACAGGUCUGGCCCCAGUAACUACUAUGAACUGUUGGGGGUGCAUCCUGGUGCCAGUGCUGAAGAAGUUAAACGAGCUUUCUUCUCUAAGUCCAAAGAGCCGCUUUGUGGAGCUGAGCGAGGCAUACCAAGUGCUCAGCCACGAGCAGAGCCGCCGCACCUAUGAUGAGCAGCUCCACUCAGCGACACCUCCCAGGGCUCCAGGAACCACCACCCAGCCCAGAUCUGCCCACCAAGCACACAGCAGCUCCUGGGAACCCCCUAAUGCUCGGUACUGGGCCCAGUUCCAUGGUGUGAGGCCUCAGGGAUCAGAGUUGAGGCAGCAGCAGCACAAACAUAACCUGCGAGUGCUGGGGUACUGCCUCCUGAUCAUGCUGGCGGGCAUGGGCCUGCACUAUGUUGCCUUCAGGAAGCUGGAGCAGAUGCACCGCAACUUCAUGGAUGAAAAGGACCGGAUCAUCACGGCCAUCUACAAUGAAACUCGGGCCCGGGCCAGGGCAAACAGAGCCCGGCUCAAGCAGGAGCAAAGACAGAGUCAGCGGCCGCAGCCAUCACCCCCGCCUGCCCCAGGCCCUGGGAUCGUGCCCCCGGGCAACAGCUCCUGAGGGGUUCACCUGGAUGGGGCCUGCCUGUCACCUCCCUGCUUCCCAGCCUGGUGCCUCCCUCUCUCUAAACCCCGUGCAAUAAAGAGAUUCUGCGAGCUCGCGUACGGCUCCCUCUU